AUCAAAUACCCACCCACCCAAAAACACAUCUCUCUCUCUCUCUCUCUCUCUCUCAUCUUUUUACACAGAGAAUCGUUAUUAGUAAUCGGAGUGAUGACAAAAGUAUACCCUAAAUCUGUUGUUCCACUUCCGCCUCUUUUUCCUUCCGAUCGGCCGCGAUUAGUUACACAAUCCUCCACCAUCCUCACCGUGUGGAAGAAAUCUCUGCUCUUCAGUUGCGACGGAUUCACAGUCUUCGACAUCACGGGAAACCUCGUCUUUCGAGUCGACAACUACGCCAACGCUAACAAGGCCGAGAUUGUUCUCAUGGAUGCUUCCGGCCACUCUCUCCACACCAUCCGCCGAAAGAGGUUAACGCUAACGGACAGUUGGCUGAUAUACGACGGAGAGACGACGGUAAAUCCCCGAUUCUCGGUGACGAAGCAUGUUAAUUUUCUCAACUCCAAGUCCUUGGCGCAUGUAAGCUUUACAGGAUCAGGAUCACCGAAGAUUAAUGGCAACAAGAAGAACGUGGCUUACGAGAUCGAAGGGUCUUACACGCAGAGGAGUUGCGUUGUGUAUGACGACAAGCGGCGGCGCGUUGCUGAGAUUAAACGGAAGGAAGCGGUGGCAGGGGUUGCGUUUGGCGGAGAUGUCUUCCGUUUGGUUGUACAGCCUGAGAUUGAUUCCAGCGUUGCGAUGGCCCUCGUCGUCCUUCUUGAUCAAAUGUUCAGUGGUUCUUCUUCUUCUAGAAGGUUCGCUACAUAAUUAAACCAGAGAAAUGAAAACAGCCAAUUUGGGAUCCGAUUGGAUACGUACAUAGGAUUGCAUUUGGAUCAUCCAUGAAUAAAGAUUCAGAAAACGAGGGAGUUGAUCAUAUGUGUGAGAUUCAGUUAAUAGGGUAGUGUAUAGUGUAUAAUUAAUUAAAUUCCUCUCUCUCAAUUUUUUGAAAUUGUGAUCCAAUGAUCAAUCAUAUCAUCAUCAUAUGUAUGAUGAAGAUGAAUGAUGAUGGAUGAUAAUGAUGAUAUUGAGGGCUUGGUUUUUUCGUUUUAUAUAAAGGAUCAAGCUCCGGAUGAGGAGUAUUUUGCUAUGAUCAUAUAUAUAAAAUUUCAAUCUUUGAUUUAUAUCGACUAUUAAGUAUUGUUUGUUCUUCAUUGCUCUUAAA